CGUGCUUGUCCUCCUCCUCUGCCUCUCCUUCCAUUCAGUCCGUGGAGGCAGCAGCAACCGUAUUGCAUGUGGAUCAGUGGCUGGAGGAGGACAGAAGGCAUCCCAAACCAUACCCGGUCCCCCCCCUCCACCUCCUGAGCAGCAUGGUCGGCUUGAGAACAGCAGCUUGCCUUUCUCUGCUGCUGAGCGUCUCUCUCCAGGUGGACGUCAAAAGUGGGAAAGAGGCAGGACGAGCCGGGAAUUUUAUGGAAGACGAGCAAUGGCUGUCAACCGUCUCCCGGUACAGCCGUAAGAACAAACACUGGAACCGUUUCAGAGACGAAGUUGAGGAUGACUACAUCAGAACUACAGAGGAAAGCUUGGGCUUUGAUGAAAGCGUCGACACCACCAAAGACCCGUGCCAGAAUGUGAAAUGCAGCCAGCACAAGGUGUGCGUCGCCCAGGGCUACCAGAGGGCCAUGUGUGUCAGUCGGAAAAAACUGGAGCACAGAAUCAAACAAUCAGAGCAGCUGGAACGGCAUGAAAGCAACUGUGCGCCUUGUGCUGAGGCUGCUUCCUCUCCUGUAUGUGGCUCUGAUGGACACAACUAUGCUUCACAGUGCAAGUUGGAGCUGCAAGCUUGCCUCACGGGCAAAGACCUGAGCAUCAUGUGCACCGGAUUCUGCCCCUGCGUGACGUCCUCCCUUUCAAAUUCUGACACGAAACGAGCUGAGAGCUGCACCGGCCAGGACCUGGCAGACCUGGGUGACCGCCUGAGAGACUGGUUCCAACUCCUUCAUGGAAACGCAAAGCAGAAUAAGUCUGGCCAACCCGGAACCGGCACUGUUUCUGUGCUGGAGAGGAGCCUCAUCGCGAGCUGCAAGGACUCCAUUGGCUGGAUGUUUUCAAAGCUGGACACCAACAGUGACCUGUAUCUAGACCAAGCCGAGCUGGCUGCUAUUAACCUGGAAAAAUACGAAGUCUGCAUCCGACCCUUCUUCCACUCGUGUGACAGCUACAAGGACGGAAAGGUCUCCACAGCCGAGUGGUGCCUCUGCUUCUGGAGAGAAAAGCCGCCGUGCCUCGCUGAGCUGGAGAGGAUCCAAGUGCAGGAGGCGGCCAAGAAGAAGCCCGGGAUCUACAUCCCCAGCUGCGAUGAGGACGGCUACUAUAGAAAAGUGCAGUGCGACCAGAGCCGAGGGGAGUGCUGGUGUGUCGACCAGCACGGUGGAGAGAUUAUGGGCUCUAGAAUCCACGGCAACCCCGACUGUGAUGAAGUGGCUGGAUAUUCUGGGGAUUUUGGGAGCGGAGUCGGAUGGGAGGAUGAAGAGGAGAAGGAGGCAGAAGACAUUGGGGAGGAGGCCGAGGAGGAAGAGGAGGAGGAAGUUGAUGCAGACGAUGGAGGAUACAUCUGGUAGAACUAGUAUGAGAGCAAGCUGCCUUGGAAAUUAUUGGCUCUUUUCAUAAGGAAAAAACCGUUUUAGGAGUCAGAUUGCGACAGGAUCAGGAGCUCCUGUGGUCUCGGCAUUGAGAUGAUGCCCUUAUUUUGUUUGUUUCUUACUUUCUUUGUCGGCUGUUUAUCGCUUUAUUUAAUUGUCUGUUUCUAAAGGAAUAAAAUGUGUGUUUUUAUGCGAAGAAAAGACAAAAACAUCCGAGGUUUGCACCAAGAUAGCUUCAAUUCAUUCAAAUUUCUACCUUGUCUUUUCACAAUUCAUCCAUAUGGAGAUUACGAGUAAUUUUGUGUUUUACCAUGAUGCUUUGUAGUGGGAUUUCCAUUCAAAUGAACAGUUUGACACUUUUCCUGAUGGGAUUAUAAUUUAUUUUAGGGGCGACAGAUUCAGCCCCGUUUGGGGUUAAAUAUGGGAUGAAGACAUUCAGAUUAAAAACAGAUGUUGAAAUGCUGUGAAUGAUGCUUCAACCUGGAUGGUUCAACUCUUUGAACCGUUUGAAACCUGAAUUUUCUGCUUUCUUCAAAGUCUUUGCUGCCUCUCUGUGGCCGCUGGGGUCAACACUCUUUGAUAAGUUACAAAUAUUCUAAUUGAUUUGAGCAAAUAAGCAUUUUGGCUAAAAUGUCAAACUGUUUUUAAAGCAAAUCAGUGCAUUUCACACCAUGUAUGUAAAUAUCAUUUGGUGUAAAAAGAACUGCAAAGUCAGCAAAGGUUAUUUUAAAAAGUUCAAAGUUCUGCUUUUAGGGUCCAGGUUCACCACAGCUCACAGCAGAUUGGUUUCUGGUAACUUAAGAGGAAGUGCGUGCAAACUCUGUCCUUUCACAUUAAAAGUCGCAACCCGUUGCUUAUUCUGAAACCUUAUCAAGAAUGUGCCACAAGUUUUCAUUUUUGAGUUAGAAACUGUAACUGUACUAUGUGUUUAUUAUUACUUGAAGUUUUGUGUACUUGAAUUUACUGGGGAUUUUAUUUUCCAAAAAAAUAUUGUUUCCAAGUCUUUACUCAUGCUAUUGAUAGGCCAAAUGUUUGUUUCUAGUAUUGCAUGUUAGUAAGAAUGUACUUCUAUGCUGAGCACUUUACUAAUAAAGGCGUUGCAGCCAAAUUACAUGUUUA